CUCCGCCGUCCGCCAUGAAGCUGUGUGGUCUGCUGCUGCUGUCCAUCGUCUGCACUGCGGCCGCCGCCCCAGGGGAGACGUACCCGUCGCCGUACGAGGGUGCUGAUGCCGACGCCAUAUUGCAGGAUGACGCCAAGGUGGAGUCCAUCCUCAAGUGCCUUCUCAGCGAUACGGACGACGUCUGUAGUAAGGAGGACAAGCAGGGCAAAGACAUGCUGCCUGAGGCGCUAGCCACACAGUGCGCUAAGUGCACCGAGAAGCAGAAACAAGGCAUGGCCAAGUUCUUCGCCCACGUGUCGAAGAAGUUCCCCGACAUGUUCAAGCAACUGGUCGCCAAGUACGACCCCACGGGCGAGCAUCUGCCAAAGUUCACAGGUGGACGCAGCCUCACAGCCUAGCCCAGGGGACGCCACUGCUGCGGUGCUUCCAGCUAUACAGGGUGCAAUAUCCAGCGAAGACACUGCUACUGGAAUUAAUUGUACUAAGUUAUGUACAGUUUAAUUUGAAAUUAUGUCAGAUACGUGUGACUGUACAUACCUCAGUAAAUUAAAAUAAUAUGUUUUCUGUUUUGUA